GUAAGAACCCUGAACUCUUGUGGGAGAAUUCUCCAUGGAACACACUGGAAGGUUUCUCAGCUGUCCUGAGAACAGCAUGAUAUUCCCUCAAAUAAGAGGAAAAAAACAAUGAAUGUAACAUGUUCAACAAUGUUUUCUUUCAGCCCAAAGGAAGCCUGACAUAAAUAAUCAUUUCAUUUUAAGUGUUAUUGGUGCAGUUAGUAGGUGUGGGCGUGGCGCUCACUGUCUCAUCACCAUCAUAUCACACUCUUUAUUAUUAAUAAGCCAUCUGUUUACUUCCAAUGUGCAACUUAUUUGAAAAAGUGUGUGAAUAUCCAGUAAAGCCCAGUAUGAUAAUCAGCUUUGAGUUCCCUCCCACUCAACACACACACACGCACACACACACGCACUUUAUGAAAUGCCUCAGAUUUACUCUGUAAACAAGCUGACUUUAGUCACAAAGUUUAUUAUUUUAAAUAUCUGAAACUGAUAUUUAAAGCAUGGAGUGAUUCCUUCAUGAAUUCAGUAAGUAUAUUUGGGGGAAAAAACAACAACACACUUUUCUCAGAAAUUGGUGCUUUUUAUCUUUUUUCUCAGUUUCUGCUCUACUGACUUGUUCAUACAUUUGUCAUUUCAUGUCACAUACAGUGGUUCUCCAUGUGAUGGCUUUACUGCAGGAUUGAUAUUAAAUUAGUUUCAGGUUAACACAAUUAAAUGAGUUAUUAAUUAUCUGUCUGUCCUUUUAAACAUGUGGUUAUAACUAUACAUCAGAAAUACUGAGGCAGGUUAAAAUGUUUCCUAACAUUAAAUCUCUAGUAGAGCAUCAUCUCCUGAGCAGAUCGUCCCUAGAGACAUAAUUCUUCUUUUAUGCUACUUUGCUCAAAAUGUUCCCUGACCUCAACAAUUAGCCUUUCCUUCUGUGAAAGCAGAAUAGAGCCCAUCCUGAAAGCAGGUUGAAACAGAAAUUAAAUAUUUUUACUCUUUUUCUCAGCGGACACUGUUCAAAGUGUUCUGAGCUGUGGAGCAUCAGUGUCUGGCCCGUUGCCACCUGUGUGUGGGGAGCUCUAAUAAAAAAUAAUGGCUGUUGACCGUAUCUUUCAUGCUCACAGUCAGUCAGCAGCCUCAGGUUAUCGCCUCUGUGACUCCACUUAGCAUAAUUGCCUCUUAAAGUUUAAAGGCAGCCAGAUGACCAGAGGCUCUCUGGGGAUGUUGGACUUGUUUUGUUACAGAGCCCCCUGGUGUUUGUCUCAUUAAUGUGUCCCUUCUGCAGGACGGUCAGGCUAGCCUUGGACCCAGCAGCCAGGCUAAGUGGUGUAAUAAGGAAGAGCGUUUCAGUAAUCCACAUUUUUCAAAAGUUUCAGUGUUUUCCAGAGGAGAAAGAGCUGAGUGGUUAUGAUGUCAUGUGAAUGGAACUGAGUGUGAUGAGAUAUUUUUCAUUCCAUCACCUGGGUUGUAUGCUGUGAUUUCUGUGGAAACGUUUAUCCAGCCCUUUAAAAAUCAACUGGCGUAACAAUGACCAUUCUGAACCUGUCCUUUGCUGCCUGUGGUUUUAUGGGGAUCUACCACCUGGGUGCUGUUGGGGCCUUUCUUCGUCAUGGAGACAAGCUGCUGGGCUCCCUGAGGGCCUGUGCAGGAGCGUCAGGCGGCGCGCUGGUGGCUGCUGUCCUCAUCACAGCUCCAGAUAAGCUGGAGCACUGCACAGAGUUCACCUACAAGUUUGCUGAAAGUGUGAGACAACAGAGGUUUGGAGCCAUCACACCAGGAUUCAACUUCAUGCUCAUUCUACGGGAAGCACUAGAGGAGAUUCUGCCCAGUGAUGCUCACAGUCUGGCCAGCGAACGACUUUAUGUCUCUAUAACUCACUGCAGGAGUGGGAAGAACCACAUCGUUUCCAGGUUUCCCUCCAGGGAUGAGCUCAUAAUGGCUUUGCUUGCCAGCAGCUUUGUGCCUCUCUAUGUCGGGCUCAGACCGGUGGAGUUCAGCGGGCAGAAAUGGAUUGAUGGAGGGUUUACGGACAGCCUGCCCAUCCUGCCUGUGGGGAGAACCAUCACUGUGUCUCCCUUUGCUGGACUGCAGGAUGUGUGUCCUGUCCACAGGGGGCGGUUCAACACUCAGCUCGGCCUUGCCAACAUGAAAAUUAUGUUUUCCAUGGAGAACGUCAAACGUCUGAACCAGGCUUUGUUCCCUCCGUCCCUCAGGACCAUGCAUGCCAUAUGUGAGGAAGGCCACACUGACGCUGUGCGGUUCCUGAAGCGAGAAGACCUGAUGAGCUGACCCUAACCCUCAGGUUGAUGCAAAGCACCAUUUACAGGAGACUCCCGACUUCUUUAGGGUUCUUUUAUAGUGUAAAUGAGGGAAGACGCUCAUCUUCUGCUGACUGGAGCAGAACAUCAUGCUGGUGCCUCAUGUGGACAUGGACUACUCAUCAAUUUUCCAAGGAGCCAUUUCAUUUCCUUAACUUGAAGGACUAAGAGAUCAUGGAGGCUGGAAGCUUUGAAGUGCUUUAUGUUUCUGCAGGGUUACUGUUUGGUUUUCCUCCAGCAGGUGGAGACGGGAACCAAAGAUCAACUGAGAAAAGCUUUCAUUUAUACUGUAUAUUAUUGGCAUGAAAUGAUGGUCACAAAUACAAUAAUUUGUGUAAAAGUUUAUUUUAAUGACUGUUCUAUCCAUCCUACUAAAAUAAGGAACUAAGGAGGAAGUUCUUCAAGAAAUUCUAUCUUUUCGCAACUGUUAGCUCCUUUUCUUUAUUUUAACCCUAAAAUGUAUUGAACAAGAUACAUUUUUAUUUUGCAAACAUCCUAUUUAAGUGAAACAGAGAUCCCUCAUCACCUCAGUUGUCUAAGAAUAAAUGAUUUAUUUUACAGUUAGUACAUU